GGAGGGAGUCGGGCAGAGCAUCCCCACGGCAAUGUCCAAGGGCUUGAAGAAGAAAAGCCACUGGACGAGCAGAGUCCACGAGAUCGUGAUCGUGAGGAACCCGGAGGGACAGCUGGGCUUCGAGCUGAAGGGGGGCGCCGAGAAUGGGCAGUUCCCCUACCUGGGGGAAGUGAAGCCCGGCAAGGUGGCCUAUGAGGGCGGCAGCAAGUUGGUGCCGGAGGAGCUGCUGCUGGAGGUGAACGAGACCCCCGUGGCCGGGCUCACCAUCAGGGAUGUGCUGGCCGUGAUCAAGCACUGCAAGGACCCCAUCCGCCUCAAGUGCGUCAAACAAGGAGGCAUUGUUGAUAAGGACCUUCGUCACUACCUCAAUCUGCGGUUCCAGAAGGGUUCGGUGGACCAUGAGCUCCAGCAGAUCAUAAGAGACAAUCUCUACCUCCGCACAGUGCCAUGCACCACAAGGCCACAUAAGGAGGGGGAAGUCCCUGGUGUGGACUAUAUUUUCAUCACUGUUGAAGAUUUUAUGGAAUUGGAGAAAAGUGGUGCUCUCCUAGAAAGCGGAACGUAUGAAGACAACUAUUACGGCACUCCGAAGCCUCCAGCAGAACCGGCGCCGCUGCUGUUAAAUGUGACAGACCAGAUCCUCCCAGGUGCCACCCCCGGGGCUGAGGGCAAGCGUAAGAGGAAUAAGUCUGUGAGCAAUAUGGAGAAGACAGGCAUUGAACCACCUGAGGAAGAAGAGGAAGAAAGACCUGUGGUCAAUGGAAAUGACGUGACAGUAACACCAGAAUCAAGUGAGCAUGAAGAGAAGAGUACAGCUGUCUCAGGUGAGGCAUCUACCACCCAGCCUUGUCCUGCAACAGGAUAUGGUCAGCCUGAAGAAGCAAAGGAGGAUAUGGAUGUAACAAAACAGACUAAACCUGAAGAGAAUGAUGACUUGGGCCCACUGCCUGAUAACUGGGAAAUGGCUUAUACAGAAAAGGGGGAGGUCUACUUUAUUGACCAUAACACAAAGACAACAUCAUGGCUGGAUCCACGACUUGCGAAAAAGGCUAAACCUCCAGAAGAGUGCAAAGAAAAUGAGCUUCCGUAUGGCUGGGAGAAAAUUGAUGAUCCCAUUUAUGGCACUUAUUAUGUUGACCACAUAAAUAGAAGAACUCAAUUUGAAAACCCUGUCCUAGAAGCAAAAAGGAAGCUACAGCAGCAUAACAUGCCCAACGCAGAACUGGGAACAAAGCCUAUGCAGGCCCAAGGUUUCCGAGAAAAACCACUCUUCACCCGUGAUGCAUCACAGCUGAAGGGGACUUUCCUCAGCACAACUCUUAAGAAAAGCAACAUGGGUUUUGGAUUUACCAUCAUUGGUGGGGACGAGCCAGAUGAGUUUCUCCAGGUGAAGAGUGUAAUUCCUGAUGGGCCUGCAGCGCAAGAUGGGAAAAUGGAAACAGGUAAUUAUGAAGGUUCCUCUGUCCUUUUAUAUGAGAAAUAGAUUUCUGAGUCUCACUCUCUCCAUAAAUGCAUACAUUUCCCAUAUGACUUUCUGUGUUGAUAUGUAGAAAAGGUAAGU